AAAGGUGAUCACGUUAUUAUGUUCACAAUGUAGAACGAAUUACAAUUGUAUAACAGGUGUUAACUGAUAAGUUUCUAUAGAAAGGCCGGAUAACUUUUAGAAACAUGUUAAAAAAAUAUUAUUUUGGCGCACUUAUUCGUACCUAAAAUCUUCCACGUGCCUCCUCUAAUUAAUCAUAGAGAUAUCUAUCUAUCUCUCAAAUUAUAAAUUUUUAUAAUAAUUAGUAUUAAAAGUUCACGAAGUUCGCGUGUGACAAGUGAUUACUUAUCUGUAUACAAACAUUCAGUUACCAUCUGGACUACAGUAACAAACAAAUAGUUAAACUGAUUAAUAAAAAUUCAAGUUUCGAAUUGCUCAAGGUUUUUUAAUGAAGAUCACGCUUACGUAACAGAAAUGUUAAAAUUUAUUCGUAUUAACAUUUCUUAAUAAUGCUAUACAGAUAAGAUAAUAUUAUUGAACAAAAUUGACGCAUUUGAUAUAACAUAUAUGAAACUGUGAAUGUGGUGAAUUUUAUUUAAUUGUAUUGUAAAUUUGCACAGGAUAAGAUAAUCUUAUAAAAUUACGGUACAACGCUUAGACAAAAGUACAAACUUUCUAGUGUCGUGAAGUGAUUUGUGAACAAUGGAUUUCGCAAUUGGAGGUCUAGCUGCAGUGGGUGCGGGAUUUUUCACCAACCCAUUGGAAGUGAUCAAAACACGCAUGCAGCUGCAAGGAGAGUUACAAGCAAAAGGUCAACAUGCGGUCCAUUACAGAAAUGUAUUCCAUGCCACCUACAUGAUUGCCAAGCAUGAUGGAGUUCUGGCACUUCAAAAUGGAUUAGUGCCAGCCUUAUAUGUACAACUAGUUUUGAAUGGUGUUAGAUUAGGUAUAUAUGAAACACUUGACAAUAAUGGUUUCAUGCAAAACAAAAAAGGAGAGAAAACUUUAUUCAAAACAGUCCUUGCUGGUGGCAUAAGUGGUGCAGCUGGCCAAUAUGUGUGCAAUCCGUUGUUCAUAGUAAAAACCCAUCAGCAGUCCCAAGCUUCAGCUUCCAUAGCAGUCGGACACCAGCACGAGAAAGCUGGCAUGGUCAAAUCACUUGCUAAAAUUUACAAACAAUACGGCAUAAGAGGAUGGUUUAGAAACGUGACGGCGACUAUCCCAAGGGCUUUUGUGGGUUGCUCAGCUCAAUUGACCUCCUUCCAAUAUGCCAAGAUAUAUUUUCAGCAAUACGACAGUUUAAAGAACAGCCCCCUUAUUGUUUCCUUUUUGAGUAGCAUGAUAGGAGGAGUAUUUAUCAGCGUUAUGAUGACACCUUUUGAUCUCAUAUUGACAAGGCUAAUGAACCAACCCACUGAUAAAAAUGGCCGAGGAAUUAUUUACAAAAACUACUUGGACUGCGUAAAGAAAAUUUACAAUACAGAAGGAGCAGCUGCGUUCUACAAAGGAGUUGGACCAAUGUACCUUCGUUUGGGUCCACAUACCGUCUUGUGCCUGGUGUUCUGGGACGAACUGAAACUGCUUCAUGGAAAGUACUGGUCUCACUAAGAAAUUGAGUAAUUAAUUAACUGAAAACUUAGAUAAUAUUGAAAGACAUGUUAAAACUAGUUCCUACAUAUCAAAACGUAAAUCAUUCUAGUCGAAGUACAAAUAUAUGUAAUUAUAAUUUUACUGAAAAACACUGAAAGACAAUGAGGUCAAUAUUAAAUAAUAAUAUCGUAAUUACACUAGAUCAAGUGUAAAAAUAUUCAAAAUAAAUUUAUAAUUUUCAAGUUCAAGUAACAUUGUGGCUGCAUUUAAGUGUAAAUUAAAUAAUUUUAAUUUUAAACGACAAUAUUGAUAAAUGGCAUUUUGUAUAAUUUAUAGUAAGUUGAAGAAAUCUAGUUCAAUUAAAGCUUUUCGACAUAGUACAUAAAACGUAAUAAAACUAUGUAUCACACUUACUAUUGAUUUAAAUGUUAUUAAUAAUUAUGUAUAAUUAUUUUUUAAGUGAAAAUAAAACAAUAAAAUAUUAUCUAAUUAGUAUA